GCCCUCGCGUUCAUCGCUGUUCUACACAGUCUACACGCCGUCAAGCGAACCUUUCUCGCUGAUUGACCUCAAAAAGGGCCCCGUCAAAGAUGUCGGUGGCCAGCAGAAACCCUUUCGCCAUUCUGGAAGAGGACCAAGCCUCUAGGCCGUCCACUCCCGCAGCUCCUGCCCCUAAGGAAUCUGCACCUACAACUGCUGCUCCUACGCGUGGUGGCACCCGAGGCCGCGGCGGGCCCGCUUCCAGGGGCGGAAGGUAUUACCAGAGAGGAGGCAAGUCUUCUGUCACUCGCGAAGAGGGUGGUGAAGCUACUGCCGAUGAUGGUGCAGGUGAGGCUCCCAAGAGGCGGGCCGAAGGUGAAGUUCGUGGUCGUGGACGAGGCCGUGGUCGUGGUGAUCGUGCCCGUGGACGCGGUCGCGCAUUUGACAGGCACAGUUCUACCGGCAAGACCGACUCCGAGAAGAAGGUCCACCAGGGCUGGGGAGGUGAUGAGGCUACCUCUGAGCUGCAGGUCGAGACCGCCGCUGAAACUGAUGCCGCCGUCGAGGGUGCUGCUGACACCGGAGGUUGGGGCCCUACUCCAUCUGCUGACGCUUGGGGUGCUCCCGCUGAAGAGGCUGCUAUUCCCGCUUCCCCUGCUGAGGGUGAGAAGGCUGAGGGCCGCAAGCCUCGCGAGCGCCAGGAGGAGGAAGAGGACAACACCCUUACCCUCGACCAGUACCUCAAGAAGCAGACCGAGAGCAAAUUAGAGAUUGUUCCCAAGCUGGAGGUCCGAAAGCCCAAUGAGGGCGACGAAUCCAUCUGGAAGGAUGCCGUCGUCGUCGGCAAGAAGGAGGAGGAGGAAGGUGCCUACUUUGUUGGAAAGAGCAAGACCGCUGCACCCAAGCCACGUGCUAAGAAGGAAGAAAAGGUCUUCCUCGAAAUUGAUGCUCGCUUCGAGCGUCCUCGUGGAGGCCGUGGACGUGGCGAACGUGGUGGUGAUCGUGGGGAGAGGCGAGGUGGUCGUGGUCGUGGCGGCCGCGGCCGUGCCAAUGGCAGCCACGCGCCCGCUGCCGUCAACGUUGACGACGAGACUGCCUUCCCCUCCUUGUCCUAAAUCGUGUACGACGCACGACAGUCCCGUGUGAUCGAUAGCCGUAAAACCAAGUUUGAAGAAUCCCGACGUGGUUUGAAAGAAUGUUCACCGUCUGAACAUGCUCGUUCUCCCUCAUCCCCAUCUCUGUUGCAUAUAUACUACCUGCAUUUCCGUCGUGUCGUUUCGUCUGUUAUUCGUUCCUCUCUCCGUCCGUCUCGUGUUCUUGUCUCUUUCUGUGGUAGCGAUCGCUGGUGUCCACGCAUGCAUUGUUCAAUCAAAACUGCAGGGUUUAUGUCCGUAUGAUAUCCUACAAUUCUCGUGUUUCGCCACGAUUAUAGUGCUGUUGUAUUUGAAAGCGACUUGAACUUUUUAUAUAAGUCAACGUUAAGUC